GAUCAUCAUCUUCGUCUUCCCGGAGGGAGACGCGUUGUUGCCGGUGACAAAAGCCACCCGCCAUCUCCGGUCCACGUCGCUCGCGCUCGCGCUCACGCCGUCCCCACCUUGCCUUGCCCCGUUUCGCACCUCAACCGGGCGCCGCCCCCCGUUAAAUCCCCCCGCCCCCGCCCGCCUCCAGACCUCUCUCCUCGUCGCACGCCCACCCAACGCCGACGCCAGCUCUCCUCUCCUCUCCUCAGCCCAGCCCGCACACCACCACCACCCAGCCAGCGCAGAUGUUUCUCACCGACAAGUACCACGCCCUGCUCCCCCUCCACUCCGCCCCCGCCACCCGGGGCCCCCGCAAGGCGGCGGCCGUGCCGGCGGUCACCUCCAGGUUCGACGCCGCCCUCGCCGCGCGCCUCGGGAGGCUGCUGCCCCUGCCGGCCUCCCCGCUCGCGGCGCUCGCCCGCCUCGCCGACCUCCUCGCCGCCACGCUCGCGGACGCCGUGCCCGCGCUCGCCGCCGUGCCCGGGGACGGGAAGAAGGACGCCGUCGCCGUCGCCGCGCACGUCGACGCCGGCGUCGCGCUCCUGGACGCCUGCAACGCCAUCGCCGCCCGCGUCGACCGCCUCCGCCGCCGCCGCCUGCUCUCCCGCCUCGCGCUCCACCUCGUCUCCUCGACGCCCCCGAGCCCGUCGUCCCUCAGCCGCGCGCGUGCCGCGCUCGCCGAUCGCGACGGCCGCGGCGCGGGGGGCACUCCCUCUUCUGCUCUGCCAGCGCUCCCUUCCAUCCCGUUCGUCGACCCGCCCCGCGGCGGCCGCGGGCAGCAGCUCACCGCCGCCGCGCGGGUCGUCCUCGCCGUGAACGCCGUGUCCUCCCUCGCCGCGACAGCCGCGGCCACCAUCCUCGGCGGCACUAGCAGCACCAACCGUGACUCCACCUUCCCCCAGGUCUCCGGCGACCUCCCGUGGGCGGAAUCCUUCAACGCGGUCUCCAGCCAGCUCUCCGCCCUCGCCAAAUCCGGCACCAGCAACGAGAUCCACGCCGCGGACGACGCCGUGGGCAAGCUCGCGGCAGUCCUCGAGUGCGCGGCCCCGGAGGAGGCGGCGCUGCGCGCCGCGACGCAGGAGGUGGAGAAGCGGACGGAGGAGCUGGCGGCGCGGCUGGAGCGGGUGUCGGACGCCGUCAACGGCGUGUUCCGCGCGGCGCUGCGUCUCCGCAACGCCGAGCUGGGCAGCUUCAUGGCGGCCGGACCCGCCGGCAAGGCGCCGCGCAGUAAGAAGUAGCCGUUCGCCGCUCACCGCCGUUGCUAUACUAGUACUAGUAGCAGUAAGUACAGUGCGUGUGUCGUGUCCAAGUGUAUACAGAGCGAUACAGACAGAGUCAGGUGCAGUACAGGACUACAUACAUACAGCCAUACAGUCGGUGUACUGCUGCGUGUGUGCGUCGUCAAGGAUGGAGGCCACAUGUGAGGAUACUUUGCAUUUUGCACCCUUUUGGAAAUGUGGAAUCCGGUUAAGGUAAAUGAAAAGAAAACCGUCGGAAAAUUGCUCCAAAA